AUAACUUUUUCACAUGUUUUUACCUUUGCCAUCACUGAAAGCAAACUGUGAAUAAAUUCAUUGUCACAUUAUAUAUUCCGAAUUAAUUCAAGUGGAUAACUUUGCCAAAAUGCCUGGUCAAUACACUAACUACCGGUUCACUCGAUUGGCAAUGGUGCUGCUCCGCUGCCUGUGGGCUAUUCUGUAUCUUUGGGGCAUGAUGCACGCUGCUGCCAUCCUGCCACUUCCAGUGGAGCGCUGGGAGUCGGGGUUUUGGAACAGGAAACUUAACUACGUACUGAGCUACAAGAGCCUGUUCGAUUUUGAUUUCAAGACGGAGUCGUACAUUCAUAUCCUGUCGAUCGUGCUGCUGUAUUGCCUGUUUCGCUGCUGCCGUUGUAGCUUCAUUGGAGCCCGAUAUCUGGUCGCUGGAGUGGAUAGACCCCAUAUGGAUUAUCGCCUAUUGGUGUUUAAGGCCCCCUAUCUGAUUGCCUUCAUCGUCUGCUGGGUGGUCAGCACCAUGAUGACGGUACUCGGAGUGUAUGUGGUGGCUGAACGUGAUCAGAGUGACUUCACCUAUAUUCUGUACUGCCAAUUUGCAAUGGCUUUGCUGUUCAAGCUCCUGGUUAUGGCCAAUUUCUACUCUGUAUGUGUACGCACUUGGGCCUAUUUGAAGAUAUUCGAGGCGGAAUCCGAUGAAGGUCUGCUCAACUACCAAAAUUUUGGCGAUCACUUGAAUUUAUUCUUUCGCGUUUAAUAAUAUGAAAGGUAGUUUUUACCACACAUUGUUCUUUUGAGGAGAAUAAAGUUCGUGUUAACUGAAA